AAAUACAGCACUGAAUGGACUUUAAGUUCACAGAUUGUGUCCAAUACUUGAUUACUGUCUAAUCGAUGGUUUAGAUCCUUCUACCAGUUUAGUAAUUAUCUCAACCAUCACUUGAUUAGAUCCAAUAUGAAGACAUUGUUGAGCAGUUUGUAUAGAAAUGAUUGCAAACUGUGGUCACACGUGGUGUCCACCAAAUGGUCCACCAAUUCAAGAGCGUAUUCAUCCGUUUCGACAAUCAAUCAAAAUGUUGUCAACGAAACCAAACUGAACUCAAAGACCAUUCGCACGGAAGCGAAGGCCAAUUGGAUCCCAUUCUCGAGACCAAGACAUGGCUGCUUCACACAAGAGAUGCCACAACUGGACAAUCAGUUCACUUGCGACGCCUUUCUUCAGCGAUAUCUGCAAAGAGUUCUCCCAAAAGAUAUGUAUAACGAGAUCAGCGGUGAUUUGACACGAUUUGGCAGUCGUGUGGCCACUGAUGUCUACGAAUUAGGUGUUGAAUGUGACAAACAUCUGCCACAACUGGUCCAACAGAACGCUUGGGGACACAUCUGCAAUGAUCUCUAUGUCUGCAAUGCAUGGAAGCAACAGAAGAUAGUGUCAGCCGAAGAAGGGGUCGUUGCCAUCGGUUAUGAACGCAAAUACCGGCAGUUCUCGCGAUUAUAUCAAUUCGCGAAACUCUUUCUGUACGCCCCGUCCUCUGGACUCUACUCGUGUCCCAUAGCUAUGGUCGACGGCGCCGCCAAAACCAUUGAAUCUCUGGCUCUCGACAAACAGCCUCUCUAUGAAGACAUCUUUGAACGGCUCACCACUCGAGACGCCAACAGAUUCUACACAUCCGGACAAUGGAUGACCGAAAAGGGCGGCGGAUCUGAUGUCGCCGGCGGUACUGAGACAGUGGCCGUCCCUAUGGGUCGGGAUAUGUUUAAACUGUAUGGUUAUAAAUGGUUCUCUUCGGCCACCGACGCAGACAUCGCCUUAACAUUGGCCCGAAUUGCUGACGACGAGGGAAAUGUAUUACAGGGAACGCAAGGACUGACACUGUUUUUACUGAAAGUCAGAGACGAUACGAGCAAACAAUUGAAUGGCAUUGAUAUGAUUCGACUGAAAGACAAAUUAGGGACCCGUCAGGUGCCCACCGCUGAGUUACUUCUGGACGGCACUGUCGCUCAUAAAAUGUCUGAAGAGGGCAGAGGUGUGGCCGCCAUCGCCAAUAUGCUUCAAAUGACACGCAUUCAUAAUGCUGUUGGAAGUGCAGGUUCUAUGAGAAGAAUAAUAAGUAUUGCCAGAGAUUAUGCUCAGAGAAGGAAAGCAUUUGGCAAACCCAUCAGUCAGUAUCCAAUUCACAUGCAAACACUGGCCCGUAUGGACAUCGAG